GAACGCUUUAUUUCUAGAAGAGGUCUGCCAAAGGAAAUUUGGUCAGACAAUGGCCGUAACUUUGUCGGUGCUGCACGAUAUCUCACUGAGGUUUCUCAAUUUUUGGAGAAAAAUAAUCAUGAAAUCUACCAAACUUUAUCGAACAAACUCAUUACAUGGAAAUUUAUUCCCCCAUAUUCACCACAUUUCGGAGGCAUAUGGGAAGCAGGCGUUAAAUCUGCUAAACGAUUACUCAACAAAAUGUUGUGCUCGACCGCUUGCACUUUCGAGGAGCUUUCCACUCUUUUUGCUCGAAUUGAGGCAGUAUUGAACAGCCGACCCAUGUGCCCACUAUCUUCAGAUCCCUCUGAAUCCGUGGACUGUCUAACACAAGGACAUUUUUUGAUAGGUGCACCUCUAAUAUCUAUACCGGAAAUUGUAUAUGGGGAUGAGAAAACACAUCUUAAACGGUGGGAGCAUCAUCGCAGAAUGUUCCAACAAUUUUGGACAAGGUGGUCCAGAGAAUAUUUACAUACUCUCAUGCAACGUGGAAAAUGGCAAAAUGACAAGCCAUGUCCGACAGUGGGAGAUGUAGUCUUAAUAAAAGAUUUGAAUUCAAACCCUGCCACUUGGCCUAUCGGGCGAAUUGAUAAAUUAUUUCCCGGACCUGAUGGUAUUGUUCGAGUUGCUUCCGUCAGGACUUCAACAGGUCAAUAUACCAGAUCAUUAACAAAGUUGGUGCCUCUCAACGAUUAAUAUGAUCAAAUUUUAGAUUUUAAGGUUUAGUC